AAUGUUUCCCGUACUUAAAGUGAAUAUCAGUGGACUCGAUGCAAACGCCAUGUACACACUGCAGUUGGACUUUGCUCCAGUUGAUUCUCAUAGAUGGAAAUAUGUGAACGGAGAUUGGGUUCCUGGUGGUAAAGCAGAGCCAGUUGCACCAGGAGCAAUCUACACUCACCCAGAUUCCCCUAAUUUUGGAGCUCACUGGAUGAAGGAUUCUAUAAAUUUCUCAAAAGUUAAACUUACCAACAAGAUGCAUGGCAAUGGGCAAAUAAUGCUCAACUCCUUGCACAAGUAUCAACCCCGAAUACACAUAGUGAAAGUUGGAAAUCGGGAAAACAAGCGAAUACUUUGUACGAAGUCGUUUGAAGAAACGCAAUUUAUAGCUGUAACAGCUUAUCAGAACGAAGAGAUAACCGCUUUGAAAAUUAAGUACAAUCCGUUUGCCAAAGCUUUUCAAGAUUCGAAAGAUCGACCAGAUCAGAGGGAUAUAUCUCAAUUAGACGAUGUGUCCGACGAACAGAAGCGUUUCGCAUCUUCGUAUUCGUCACCUGCUUGGUUCUAUCAAGCCCCGUCUCUCACGCAACUGCAGUCUCCUCUAGGUAUACCCGGAGCUUGUGACCGACUUCCAGCUUUUCGGAGUAGAUAUUCACCCUAUUCGAUACCAACGCCGUCGCGACCCGGCACGCACCCUUAUUCACACGAUGCGGGAUUAUUUGCAAACUGUACCAGUGAUAGUUGGCAAACAGGCAUGCUUUCGCCGUCGACAACAACUAAUCAAUAUUCGAAUUUAUGGAAUAUAGCAGCGGCUGCAACUCCUACUCAACCUUGCGGACCAUCUUAUUUGACCCGGACACCAACUGGUACAUAUUUAACUACUGACAAUUCCAACGAAAACGUUCCAACAACGACCACUUCUUCACCAACCCACUACGAAGUUCAUGCUACAGCUAAUUCACAGGUAGACGCGUUAGACGCGUUGGCCUCGUUUGCCGGAAGUAAACCAGCCUGGAGUCCGCUUACACCUCCCCCUGUAUAA